AUGAAAAGUCUAAUUUUGAUUCAUGUUUUGUUUAAUGCUGCUGCAAAUGCUCAAUCAUCCUGUAAUCGAGUAUCAUUCGUCGACCGAAAAGGAUGGAAUGCACGAGAACCAACUUCAAUAACAAAUUUAGCAGGAAAACCUCUUUCAUUUGAUGUUAUUCAUCAUACUUAUCAACCUCCAAAAACAUCAUCUCCAAAUGAAAAAGCAUUAGAAGCAACACGUUUAUGGAUUGAUUGUGGUAUUGAACGAGAUCAUGCAACGGAAGCUUAUUAUAUUAUUACUCAUCGACAAUUAUAA